AUGGGAGGGGCGCAGAAAUCCUCAGCGUAUAAGAAGUGCCGUUCUCACCAGCAGGAAUUUUACACAGCAACUCAGGACGAACGAGAUGAGCUGCCCCAGAGCCGCUACAAAAUGCUGGAUGGACACCUACUCCUGGGAUGGUUAUCAUUCACCAUUAUAGUGCAUCUCAUCAGCUUGACUGGACCGAGCGCAGCUUACUUCGGGCUGACAGGUAAUGAACCCCUGUCCAUUCUGCCCUUAAGCUCACAGCCAGACGAGAGGGCGGGCAAGGCGCACUACAAGCUCUGUGAUCGACUCAAGCUGGAAAAGAAACAACGCAGAAUGUGCAGACGGGACCCUGGUGUGGCAGAGACUCUGAUGGAGGCCAUCAGCAUGAGUGCCUUAGAGUGCCAGUACCAGUUCCGUUUUGAGAGGUGGAACUGCACCUUAGAGGGUCGCUACAGGGCGAACAUUUUAAAAAGAGGCUUCAAGGAGACAGCGUUCCUCUAUGCCAUCUCUUCAGCUGGCCUGACCCACGCCAUGGCCAAAGCCUGCAGCGCCGGCCGCAUGGAGCGCUGCACCUGUGACGAGGCUCCAGACCUGGAGAACCGCAAGGCCUGGCAGUGGGGUGGCUGUGGAGACAACCUCAAGUACAGCAACAAAUUCGUCAAAGACUUCCUGGGUAAGAGGUCCAACAAGGAUCUCCGUGCCUGGAUAGACAUGCACAACAGCAACGUGGGAAUAAAGGUGAUCAAGGCUGGGGUGGAGACCACCUGUAAGUGUCACGGAGUUUCAGGCUCCUGCACUGUGCAGACUUGCUGGAGACAACUGGCACCUUUCCACGAGAUCGGCAAGCAGCUUAAACAACGCUACGAGACUUCAGUUAAAAUGGCCAGCUCCACCAAUGAAGCUACCGGAGAGGGGGAAAUCUCGCAGACGAGAUCCCAGGGGCAACAGCCCCCACCGGGCCCACGGCCAGACCCCAUUCCCCGCACCACCGAUCUUCUGCACAUCGAGGACUCGCCUAGCUUUUGCCGGCCCAGCAAGUAUUCGGCAGGCACGUUGGCGCGCAAGUGCUACAAGGAUAAAAACUGUGAGGCAAUUUGCUGUGGCAGGGGCCACAACACUCAGAGCCGAGUGGUGACUCGGCCGUGCCAGUGCCAAGUACGCUGGUGCUGCUAUGUUGAAUGCAAACAGUGUACUCAAAGAGAAGAGGUUUACACCUGCAAAGGGUAAAAAUCAUGACAACCAUGCAGAAUAUCUCUGACCAGAACAGUGAAGAGAGACAAAUGAGAGUAAGUGGAAAACAAACAAAAAAAAAGGGACCAGAAGUAACGUGUUGGAAUAGGUGGAUUCCCUUGUCCUGAUUUGGAGAAAGUUAAAAAAGAUAAAAAGCACUUUUGAAGAGGUUUUGCAAGGCAUUUAUUUUCCAAGUGGAGUGGUGUGAAGGCUGUAUAAUAUACCCAGCCUAAGGGAAUUGUCCACAAAUUUGAGAGACAUCUUGGAACUAGACAAAACACUGUGCUGAGUUACUCGUAUGCCAAGAUAUCAAUCAGUGGUAAAAUCGAGUCUUGGACAGACAAUUGUUUGUUCAGUGAUCUGACAGUCUCUGAAUAAUAGCUUGAAAAUGUUCAAGCUGUGUGUGUAAGAGUAUGUGUUUAUAUGUGAGUUGAAUCGAUGGCGUCAGAUUUAUUCUACAUGCACAUAUAUUCUACACCCACACAAGAGUGUGUGUAUGCAUAUGUACAUAGAUACAAUUAUAUUAUAAUUCUAUUAUAUACACCACUUAUCUGAGUAUGUUGAAUAACCACUAACCACACAAAAGUUUUAAUGUUUGUGUGCUUGCGUUCACUUUGUGUUGUAAUUCUCUUUGAUAAGCCCCUUCGUAAAGCAAUACUUUUUUGAUUUGUGUCUUUCUGUGGAUAUAAUUUAUGGAACUUUGGCGGACAAUUCCUUUGCAAGGGACAAAAAUUAUUAGCUUUUCCUCUUGAUAUCCUUUUUUUUAUUGUUUGCUUGACAGUGAAAAUCUUUGCCAGUCCAUUUAAGAUUUUUCUCUGCCUUAAAUGAACUCUACAGAUGACUGUUCAGGGAACAAGUGAAACCACUAUGAGCAGUUGGAUGGUAAAGAAAACUUUGAGAUAUUGCAAGCAGGAGUGUUAAUCUCCAUUAUUUAGGCCUCCACCUGAUGACAGAUCCAUCCAUCCUCAUUAAAAGCUGCUGAUUCAUUGCCGUAGUCGCUGCAACAGUGCUUUUCAGGUGUUGUUGUUUUAGGAUGCCAUGGUUCAUGGUCACUUUAUGUUCAGUGAGUUUUACAGACAGCUUGAGGGUGUAACGAAGAGACGAGAGUAAACAUGACAGCAAAUGUGAGCCACAAGAGUCUGCACUGAAAGAGCUAAAUUAUUCCCCUUUCUGAAUUUGAUUUCUAGGAACAAGUAUAGUUAAUCUCAAAGCUAAUACAGGAUUUGAUGUUGGAAAUUAUGGUGGACGAUUUUAACACCUGCUAGAUUUCAGUUGGGAAUGGCGGUCAAAGUGCGUUGGGCCACAUACACACUGCAUCUAGAUGAUUCUAAGUUCAGUCAUGAAGCUCUACAUGGCACAUGCUGAUAGGUUCUUUGAACAUGUAACCUGUUAGCCAGUGAAUUUGCGUACUCUCUUUUUGUCUCACAUUUAAAUUGCAUCAGAUGUUUGCAUGUAAGCCGAUUUUACUGCAGAGUGCUAUGAAAGUUUUCUUUCUGAAACCCUCCUCCCCAGCAACACAUGUCUAGAUCUGCUUCAAGGGGAUUGUAUGUAUGUUAAAUUGUGCAGCAGCAGCAUUGUACACAGUCUUCAUGCUCAACACAGCAUGUGUGUGUCCUUGCUGUAUCAAGACUUAAUACUUGCUCUGCAGUGGCAGCAACGUAGCAGACCUAGUCCGCAAAGACCAAAAACAGAAAUCUGUUAUUUGUGAGAGUGACAACAGAAUUCACUCUCAAAAGGUCAGGAAGUCACAACCUAAUUUUCGUUAAAUCCACAGUGUGUACAGAACCGAAUUGAACAAUGAUUUGUUAAUGCAGUAGCACCACUCUCUUUUGGCCACUGAGGUGCUACAAAAAUAACAGAGCAAAUUUGGGAGUGACUCCGGCAUUCUGUACUGGUACAGAGCGAUAGUUUGGGGAAUUCAUUCACAUAUUUUAGAUGCAAACAUUUGGAGUGUGCACGUGGCCAAAGUGAACUGCUUGAACGUGGUUCUCCUAUCACAUUGUUAAUCAGCAGCAACUUUAUCUAACUUUCUUUAGAAAAUAUACUUCUAAAGUUUCAUUGAACCUAUUCUCAAUUCUCAAAACAAUCUUUGGUUACAAUUAAUUUACUAUAUCCUCCUGUCAACUCCAUUAUUAUAGAUUGACAUAUUUAUUUAUGUCCAUAUGGACAUGGAUGUCAUACAUAUUGUUAAAUAGAACACUGAAAUUGCAUUAAUUUUUUUUUAUUAUUUAAAAUGACCAAAUGACAGGAUCUAAGUUUCUGAUCAGACUUUUAGUCACUUAAAAACAGACUCUGUCAACUUAGUGGCGGCACCAAUUUUGACAAUGUAUGACUUUGGAUCCAGACCACCAGACUCUCUUGAGAUAAACAUAGUGUAAAUACAAAUCUAUAUAUAAGUAUAUGAAUUAAUUAUAUAUGCUUUUUUAUUGUUUUAGUUGAGUGUGAAUGAACUACUGAGUGAGGGACUGACAAAAAGUAAAAUGGCACCAUUCACGCACUGAAGCUUGGAAGCUCUUCUAUUAAGUAUUUAAAGACGUAUAAAUGAUAUAUAUAUAUAUAUAUAUAUAUAUAUAUAUAUAUAUAUAUAUAUAUAUAUAUAUAUAUCAUAAAAUUAAAAAAAAGUUUAUGUUAUACAGACAUAAGUGAGGCACAUGCAAACCGCUCAAAGGCAUUUGGACAGAAGUUUCCAGAAUUGCUGUUUAGAUGUAGCCCAAGCUAUCCAAGUAGAGGUACGCUGUUAAUGUAAGUUCAAAUAAAAAUCAAAUACAUAUUGCAUGAAUUUCAAGCGCCAAUUUCAGUGCUUUUUACAUUGAUAAGAUGUUACCAAAUAAUCCCCAGUAAGCACAAGUACAUCACCAAGAUAUUAGUCGCUCUUUGCAAUCUAUGAUUCAGUGCCUUAUUUUUGUAUAAAAAUCUUAACAUGAGCAUAUUCAUGUUGCAAGAACAUCUGCUAAAUGUUGUUCCAUGCAUCCGACAGGACAAUGUGACAACUCGGUGAUGUAAGUGUUUAAUCAGUCAGAGGGUAAAGGAUAACCACAUUACCCAUAAGAAUACCCCUGCAAAUGACAACACUGCCAAAAAUGUUUUUUUCAAUCAGUAUAUUGUCUUGCUCUCUAGUAAAAAUAUCUUAAAGGGAUCAUGACAUGAGAAAUCUAAUUUUCAUUGAUCUUUUGACAUAUAAGAGGUUAUUGUGCUAUAAAAACAUACUUUAAGUUUCAGAACUCAAAACCUCCUUCUCACUGCUAAAAGAGCAUAUGUUGAAAACUAAGUUGCCAAAAUGACACGUUCCCUACUUUCUCCACAUUAUGAUGUCCUCCAAUAGGGUGAGGAAAAUUAAAAACUUAAUUCAGUAUGUAUUUUCUGCAAACAAGUCUUAUCUUACACCAAUUUUCUUCUCAAGUAAAUUGAUUUUGUUUAAUGGAUAUUUUGUUAGUUUUACUGGAAAAUACUGAAAUAUAUUUCAUUAGAAACAAAUACAUAGCAAUAUUUCUGGCUGAGAAGGGAUUUUUAAAUUUUUUUUAACCUUAUGAGCUGAAUUCCAAACAGUAAUGUGAUGGGCGACAUGCCAGUUAAAUAACGCUUGUAAACAUAUACAUAGACCUUUGCACGCUACAUGGAAACCAUAAUGGCAAUGCAGAGUCUCUCAUCAGUCAUGCCCUCUGCCCACAGCAGAAGUGAGCAGAAAACAGCAUGGACAUACGUACUCUCCUCAGAUGCCUGCUCACAUCUGUUCUAGCUUAGUAAAUAUGUUCUGUUGACAAACAGUAUAGAUACCAUAUAUAUCUUUCACAUUUUUGGCAUGUUGCAUGUUCUCAGUAAUCAGUCAUAUUUUCUUAGUGACAGAACGCAGCGUGAGAUGACGUUAUCCGUUUUUGUCUUUGAUACUUGUUCUUACUUUCCAAUGCAACCUAUAAAAUCUAUUGGGUAGGAUCAAAGGAAACAGAGAAGAAAUAUAAAUUAUUUUGAAAUGUUUUAUGAGCAUGUGUUAAGUGUACAUUUUGUAAAGUUGGUUUUAUAUUCCUUUUUUUUUUGUACUCUAGCUUCCAAUGUCCUGUUUUGGUAUUUGCUUUUUGGGGGUUGAGAUAGUAUGUUUUAAUUCAAUAUAAUUGCUCCUGAUGGCUAAAAUAAAUCAUACCCCCCUACCCCCAAUGUAAAGCACAAUCCAAAUCCUCUCAAAUUAAGCCUUGCUCCUAUGUAUGUUUGCUAAUCUCAAGAGCAAUGUAACUAUGUCCCUGUUUGAUUAUAAGGAAUGUAGAUCAAAGAGUGCCAUUACGUAGUAUGUAACCAUCACACUACCAACCUCACCCACAGUACAAUUAUGUCCCAGUAAGUUGUAGCAAUCUCACAAUGCAAAUGUUGUUUUCCAGUAAAAAAUUCUAAACAUAUUGAUUAAAACAAUUACAAAAAAAAUUAAAAAUCUGACAAUUCUAUAUAUACAGAUUAAGAUAUAUUCUCUGAAACAAGUGCCAAUAUUUUAUGCAAUAUUACAUUUAUCUUUAAGAAUGUUUGGAUAUUUUUUACUGGAAAACAAGAAAAAAAAUAAAGGUAUUUUUUUAAAUGAAUUAUUUGGGCAUAAAGCCUAAUACAUUUUUCUACUUCUAUAUUGAUUAUGGAAUCAAAUAAGCAUAAAUUUCAUGAAGAGCAAGUCAGUUGAUCGGAUCAAGGACACUUAACAUUGGACAAUAAAAUGUUGUUGUCAAUUUCAAAGGCUCUGUCACUAUUCUGAUUUUUGUCAGGGUUUGUGCAAUGCUUUAACUGUUCAUAGGCACUCUUUUUCUUUAGGUUAGAGUUUUGUCAGUUGGUUGUCUUUGUCCACUUUUUCUUGUCUUAUGGGAAGCUAUUUUCUGCUAAAUUAUUUUCCUCUACCUCAUGUGUAUAGCUUGUAGGUAUAAACUGAUCAUGAAUGACUGGUAAGAAUGUAUUUAAGUUAUUUAACAUCUUUGUAUAACAAAGGCAGGACAAUCUGAA